ACGAGUGCGCAAUUCACCAUCCUCGCAUUGGAGGACCGCCUUCGAGACCUCCAGCGACGUCGCAUGUAUGACCCUCACACGCCGCCAAACAACAACUAUCCGCACACUCUCACCGCCCACCUUUCGCGCACCUUCGCCACGUCAUAUCCCAUGAGCGAUCUUCCACGCCGGCCUUGGAAACAUGCUGCGCUGCGCUUUAAUACGUUUCCCUGGCAUCGCCGUGCACCCUCCGAUAUGCGGCACACGACUCCCGGACGUCUUCACACCCGGACGGUUGAUUGAUCGCAGCUGCGUCGAGGUGCAGCGGUGCGCAUCAAUGGACAUCCACGUGGCACUUAGAGGUCGUGUCCUCGGUCGGACGAUAACUUUCUACGAGAUGAGGCAUCGUCGAGGAGAGGAGGAGGGUAGGUUGUUUGAUUUUGUGGGCGAGAUCAAUCGACACGAAGUGCGCCAUUACGAGGUGGACACGAACGGAGAAACAAUUCUCCAUGUGAGCGUCGCUUUGGGAUAUGCGGAUGACAUGCUGCACGAGGUAGUCAGCGACGCAACGAAAGUCGGCCGCGCGAUCCCCAACCGCUGGGAAGGAGGAGUGGACGUUCUCGCAGACACCGUCGACCUCCUCAUGUCGAACAUCGCGAACGAGCACGAGGAUCGCAUGACUGAUCCCGCGGUUUUCCGAGUGCACCCCGAUCCUCCCAUGCACGACCGCCCGGGUCUCCGUGGCGAGAUCCGAAACAUCGAAGAGUAGAUGCGGAUGGAGGCGAUGGUGGCAAACCAUUGGCAGCUCGC